AUGACAUUUGGGGAUUUUUCUGAAAUCUGUAAGAGAACGCCUUUGGCGUUAUGUGCGUUAACUGAGCCGCUCAAUGAUCCGUCCAACAGUCCUUUAUCGGGGGUUCUUCCCAAAUGCUAUGCUCGAACUGUGACGUUAGCCAACACCUUGAUCUUUGAGAUAGGUACUGCCUUCAUCAGAAUGGCCAUUCUUAUUAUAUUAUUGCUUAUUGUAUAUCUGGUCAGACUUCGAUAUACUUCCGUGGCUAGACGUGAAAUGCUCUUCUUUUUCUGGUCUCUUAUAGCCAAUACUAUAGCUUCGCUUAUAGUGGACACUGGGGUAUCACCUCCAGGCUCUUCUUCAUAUGCAUAUUUUGUUAGUCUACAGCUUGCAACUUCUGCCACAAGUUAUUGGGCCCUUUUGUUUUCUGGAAUUUCCGGUUUUGGUUUCUGGGAAGAUGGCUCCACUCGAGCGAUGGUGGCACUCUAUGUUUCAGCCGUUGGCAUCUUUAUCGUCAAUUAUAUCAUACCACUUUUCACCUUUACCAAGGCUGUUUCAGGCUUAGGACCAUCAAAGACAACGGCGCUCUUUGUUCUUUUCUUUAUUAUCAACCCUCUUAUGCUUGUGCUAUGGCUCCUUUCCCAACUAUUUAUAUGCUUCUUUAUGUUGGUUAUUAAUUGGUGGGCAUUAGGCGCCUUGAGUUUGGCCGUUUUCUUUUUCGCUGCUUCCCAGGCUUUACUAUAUUCGCUGAGUCAACAGAUCUGUGAAGGCCUUAAACAUUACGUGGAUGGUACUGUAUUCAGCAGUUUGAGCGCUAUGUUCUGCAUUAUGAUGGUGUUCAAAUAUUGGGAUAUCAUCACUUUCGACGACGAUGAAUACUAUAGAUUUACCGAGGUGGUUCCAGGUGUUGGCUUUGAACAGAAGCCCAAAAACUUUUGA